AUGUCGACUGUCCGGGUUGGGGGCGCAUGCCGGGCCCCCAGCCUCCUAGGAGGUGGCAGCUGUGGCACCAUGUCGGCGGCCUCCUCUCGCUUCUCAGCGGGCCUGGGGGGUGGCUACGGCGGUGGGUACACCUGCAGCCUGGGAGGGGGCUUUGGCUCCAGCUUUGGCUCUGCCUUUGGUGUGUCCGAUGCCCUGCUGGGGGGUGGCGAGAAGGAGACCAUGCAGAACCUCAACGACCGCCUGGCCUCCUACUUGGACAAGGUGCGCGCCCUGGAGGAGGCCAACGCGGACCUGGAGGUGAAGAUCCGUGAAUGGUACAAGAAGCAGGGGCCUGGGCCUGCACCAGACUACAGCCACUACUUCAAGACCAUUGAGGACCUACGGAGCAAAAUCCUGGCAGCGACCAUCGACAAUGCUAGCUUCGUGCUGCAGAUCGACAAUGCCCGCCUGGCAGCUGAUGACUUCCGCACCAAGUACGAGACGGAGCUGAACCUGCGCAUGAGCGUGGAGGCCGACAUCAAUGGGCUGCGCAGGGUGCUGGAUGAGCUGACCCUGGCCAGAGCCGACCUGGAGAUGCAGAUCGAGAGCCUGAAGGAGGAGCUGGCCUACCUGAGGAAGAACCACGAGGAGGAAAUGAAUGCCCUGCGUGGCCAGGUGGGCGGCGAUGUCAAUGUGGAGAUGGAUGCGGCUCCUGGCGUGGACCUGAGCCGCAUCCUCAAUGAGAUGCGGGACCAAUACGAGAAGAUGGCGGAGAAGAACCGCAAGGACGCGGAGGACUGGUUCUUCAGCAAGACUGAGGAGCUGAAUCGAGAGGUGGCCACCAAUACGGAAGCGCUGCAGAGUAACAGAACGGAGAUCACCGAGCUCCGCCGCUCUGUGCAGAACCUGGAGAUUGAGCUGCAGUCGCAGCUCAGCAUGAAAGCAUCGCUGGAGAACAGCCUGGCGGAGACGGAGGCCCGCUACGGGGCCCAGCUGGCCCAGCUGCAGGGCCUGAUCAGCAGCAUCGAGCAGCAGCUGUGCGAGCUGCGCUGUGACAUGGAACGGCAGAACCAUGAGUACCAGAUCCUGCUGGACGUGAAGACCCGGCUGGAGCAGGAGAUCGCCACCUACCGCCGCCUGCUGGAGGGCGAGGAUGCCCAGUGA